AUGACAUUCGGUAGCUUUGACGGCAUUUGUAAUAAAACGGCAUUACCUUUAUGUUCUGUCUUGGGUUCCGUGAAUCAAACCUCGUAUUUCACCAGAGGAAUAGUACCAGAAUGUUACGCGAGAUCAGUAGAAUUAGCAAAUACUACUAUAUUCCAAAUUGGUAACGCAUUUGUGCAUUUUGGUGGAUUGGGAAUAUUGUUGAUUAUCGUGUUUAACGUGAGAGCUAAAUAUACAGCUAUUGGAAGAACAGAGAUGUUAACAUUUUUCUACAUCUUGAUUGGGUUAAUAGUGAGCUCCCUCAUCGUUGAUUGUGGUGUCAGUCCUCCCUCAAGUACUAGUUAUGCAUAUUUCGUCAGCGUCCAGAUUGGCCUAGCAAGUGCAGCAUGUAUCUGCAUUCUUUACAAUGGGAUUUUAUGUUUCCAGUUUUGGGAAGACGGAACGAGGACCUCCAUGUGGAUUUUAAGACUAGCAUGUGUCGGAUGGUUUGUCGUUAACUUUUUCAUUAGUCUAAUUACUGCAAAAAGCUGGGACACGGCGUUAGAUGAUAGAAAAACUGUAACAUUGUUUGUUGUCAGUUUUGUCGUAAACGCUAUAUUGAUAGCAAGUUAUGUCUGCAGUCAAGUAGUUUUAGUCGUAUUUGCAUUGGAAUCUUUUUGGCCAUUAGGUGCCAUUUCACUUGGAGUCUUCUUCUUUGUUGCUGGCCAAGUCUUGACGUAUGGGUUUAGUGAUAAGAUUUGCGAAGGAGCAUCACACUAUAUCGACGGACUCUUCUUUGGAAGUCUCUGCAAUGUUUUCACUUUUAUGAUGAUAUACAAGUUCUGGGAUAUGAUAACUACUGAUGACCUUGAAUUCUCCGUUGCAAAUGUGGAACACGGCAUCAAUGCGUUCGGCGAAGACGAGAAGAGAGCUAGUACAAUUUUUGGCUGA